AUGAAGUGUCAUUACGAAGUUCUUGGAGUACCUAGGGAUGCAAGUAGUGAAGAUCUGAAGAAAGCGUACCGAACUUUGGCAUUGAGAUGGCAUCCUGACAAAAAUUUGGAUAAUGUCAAGGAGGCACAGGAACAAUUUCUCUUCGUACAGCAAGCAUACGAAGUAUUAUGUGAUCCUCAAGAAAGGGCAUUCUAUGAUAAAUAUAGAGAAUCAAUUAUUCGUGGUUGUCAUGGUGGUGAUGGCUACAAAGAUGACAGCCUGGAUGUUUUCCCGUAUUUUUCAUCGGCAUGUUUUAAAGGUUAUGGAGACGAUGAUAGAAGUUUUUAUUCUGUUUACAGAGAAGUAUUUAAUAAAAUUGCAUCGGAAGAUUCUGAAUUUAUUGAAGAUAGUGACUUUGAAGUACCUUCAUUUGGAAAUUCAGUAAGUUCUUAUGAAGAUGUUGUACAUCCAUUUUAUGCUUAUUGGCAGAGUUACUCCACAAAAAAGUCAUAUGCUUGGCUUGAUCCCCAUGAUAUCAGAGAAGCUCCGAAUCGAAGAGUUUUACGUUUGAUUGAAAAAGAAAAUAAGAAAGUUAGGGAUAAAGCAAGAAAAGAACGAAAUGAAGAAAUCCGUAAUCUUGUGGCAUUUGUUCGAAAGAGAGAUAAACGUGUUCAGACAUAUAUAAAACUUCUUGAAGAAAAGGCAUCUGCCAAUGCCAAGAAAUCUGAAGAGAAACGUAAACAACAAUUAAAAGAAAAGCAGGCUGCUCUUAAAGACUAUAAGGAGUCGGAGUGGUCAAAAUUUUCUAAUGUGGAGCGUGAGCUUAAAGAAAUAGAGGCCAGAAUGGCAGCUGAAUUCGGAGACAGUGAAGCUAGUUCGGAAGAGGAUGAUGACAGUGAUAGUUUGAGAGAUGAAAGUAAAUCUCAAAACAUGUAUUGUGUAGCUUGUGAUAAAAUGUUUAAAACAGAAAAAGCAUUUGCCAAUCAUGAGAAUUCUAAGAAACAUAAAGAAAAUGUAGAACUUUUGAAAAAUGAAGUGACAAUGAACGAAUUGAAAGUAGGAGGAAAUAACAUGGACAAUGGUUGUAUAAAUCUUGAUAGUGGAAGAGAUGAAGUUGAAGAUGAUGAUCAAGAUAGUGAUGUAGAGGAGGAAGUGGAAGUAACAGAAUCAAAAGCGAAGAAGAAAAAGAAACGGAAAAGUAAACUUGUUAGUGCAAUGGUGAAUAGUGAAGACUCGGAUUCAAAUAUUGAUUUGACAUUUGCGCAAUCUAAAAAACAACGUAAGAAACAGCAACAGUUAAAACAAGUAAAAUCUCAAAACAAUGGUAUGGGUAGUGAACAAGGUGUUGAUGCCAGUGGAUCGGAUACGGGUGAUGGUGACAUGAGUGAUAUAGAAGAUGCUGAUGAUGAAUCUGUAUCAUUGUCAUCGAAGAAAGGCAAGAAACCAAGAGAUCCAGGGGAGUCAAAAUUACCAGUAAUGGAAACUGGUGUAAAAGGUGAAAAUGUAGAUGAAGGAAGUUGGGAUGAUUCCAGAAGUAGAAAAAAGAAACAAAAAGAAACUAAAAAGGUCAGUUCUAGUGACAUGGGUAAAUUAGAACAUGAGCAAGGAGAUAGUGCAAAAUUAGAAAGCAAAAGUAAGAACGUUAAAGAAAUAAGGAAAAAAACAAAGAAGGAUGUGGAUCCUGGAACAACAGGAGCCAAGGAGGUAAACUUAUGCUGUGCAACAUGCAAUGCUGAGUUUCCAUCUAAAAAUAAACUUUUUGAGCACCUAAAGAAAUCUGGACAUUCUGUGUACUUGCCUAAAACCAGUGGCCACGAUGAUAAAAAUGAAGGGAAAAGGACACGGAAACAGAAAUAA